GCGUUUGUGUCAAUCACAUCUAAUUUAGUAAACGUUGAAUAGAAAUUGUUAAUAUUAUUGAAAAUGAGACGACCAACUUUGUUCUACAUUCCAUUGAGUCCACCAGCAAGAACUGCAUUGAUUACUGCUAAGGAAAUUGGACUUGAUUUAGAGGUUAAAAUCGUUGACAUGUUCUCCGGCGAGCAUAAAAGUGAAAAAUAUCGAAAAAUUAAUCCACUUGCUAAAGUUCCAGCCUUAAGUGAUGAUGACGUUUAUGUCUGGGACAGUCAUGCAAUUGCAAUUUAUUUAGUAGAACGGUACGCGACUGAUGACAUUUUAUAUCCGAAGGAUAUCCUAAUGCGCACAAAAGUCAAUCAAAUGCUGUUCUUUGAAGCUACCAUCUUGUUUCAAAGACUUUAUGACACAGUUGUGCCAAUUUAUCAGCAAAAAAGAAAGGAACUGACUCAAGAGAACAUCAACAGUGUUCAUGACGCUUACGAACUGCUUGAUGGAUUUUUCCAAGAAGAUCAGAAAUAUUUUUGCGGCAGUCACAUGACAAUUGCUGACAUUAGCAUUUGGUGCACUUUACUGUCGCUGAGAUUCUUAGUUCCAAUUGAUGAGCACAAAUAUGGAAAACUUGAAAAAUGGCUUAAAUUAAUGAAGACUCGACCGACUUAUGAGCUCAAUCAGAACGGCGCUAAUCAACAUUAUGGAUUUAUUAAGGCAUGCAUGGAAGGUAAAGCAUUCGUUCCGGCACCGAGAACGUCAAAUUGAAGUUUAUUGCUGGAUAAUUUAUUGUGAGUUUUAUUGGCGGUGUAAAGCAAAUCUCAAUUAAUAAAAUAAAAUGUUGUUUUUUUUUUAAAUUGCAAA